AUGCCUAACCCAAACAGUUUUGAGUUAGAAGAUUUGCAUGAGGUAUUCCAUCAAGCUCAACCAAGCACAGACCCAGCAAGCGUUGAAGAUGAUUCUAUGAUAGAAGAAGUUCCCAAAGACAUUGUCAAUCUACCAAUUGAGGAAUUGGUUAGUUUAAUGAACGAUAAGUACCAACAAGUCAAGCCUAUUAAGACUAAUAAGAAAAGACUGCCAACUCAGACUCGUAAGUCUAAUCUAUCAAAUCCAAAGCUUCACAAGGAUUUUAUGGAUCAAACCCACAACUCUUUGUCUAAUUUAAAUUGA